UUGAACAGCAUCCCUUUGGAAAAAUGUUUCAGUAUUACAUCAGCGUUGUAUUUAAUUUCAUUGAAUACCUCGACAGUAUCAGUAUCGAUCAACACUACGUCAAUAAAGCUAAAUGUAAUACUGUUGAAACUUUAGACUGCUAUUUCCAAAGGAUACAAUUUUCAUUACAGACAUUGUGCACAGUCAACUUCGAGACAAGCAACGGCAUCAGUCACCAAGAAUCGGGACAACCUAAACAAGUAGAUAACGAGACACCGGUUGUCUCGCAAGGCUCUGAUUCUUACACGGCGCCGGAUGGCCAGCAAGUCAGUAUCACAUACGUAGCGGACGAGAAUGGAUUCCAAGUGCAAGGCUCUCACAUCCCCACGGCACCACCGAUACCGCCAGAGAUUCAAAGGGCGCUCGAGUGGAACGCGGCUCACCCAGAAGAGGAUGACGGCGGUCAACCACGACCACCUGGCCGAGAGAUCGCUCCAUCAUAUUUGCAUAAUGUACCUUCGGACAAUUUUCCUGCUGAAUCUGGUGGCUAUGGUGCUAGCUGCAGAUAAACCGAUCGCCAUCGUCAGUCAAAGUCAAGAUAUCAGUCCUGAUGGAAGUUUUUUCUCCAAAUGGGAAACCGCUAAUGGCAUCGCCGUCGAAGAGGAGGGUGUCCUGAAGAAUCGUGGCCAAAAAGAUGCCGAGGCCGAAGAAGUUCGCGGGUCGGCCUCGUGGACGGCGCCAGAUGGAACGAGAAUCAACCUUGGCUGGCUAGCCAACGAAAAUGGUGUCUCUUUCCAAGGGGCACAUCUGCCAACACCACCACCCACGCAACCCAUACCAAUUCUUAUUCAGCGCGCCCUCGACUGGAUAGCUGCUAAUCCCUCUAGAGACGAGAGGAAUAGGCUAUAGUAUUCUACGAUGUUUCAUUCUUCAUAGGAUCGUACUGCUUAAUGAGAUCAACUACCUGUUCUUUCUUCGAAUUAUUUAACUCUUUGAAGAAGAAUUUUUUAUACUUGUAACUGUUAUUUGUAACUUUUACAAAUUUCUGUAAUCAAUGUGAAUAUAUAAUUGAAAGUUAAAAAAAAAAAAAAUGAAUCAUUCAGAUGUAAUGCAUGUGUAAAGAGACUAGGUGGUAUAUAUAUUCAUAUCGUUUUACAAUUGAAAAUAAAGUUUCAGUCUUUGAGAGAUCAGUGUUGGUACACAUAUGUAUGUGCCAGGAAACUCCAAAGGAUUUGAUUUUAUUACAUGUAGAGACGAGAAGAAGUGUAGCUAAUGAAAAAUAAGUCUCAUUAAUUAUUUAGGCAGAUCUUAUAUAAUCGUAAGAUUGAAAGUGUGAUACACACAGAUAAAAUUAUGUAACAUUCUGAAAUAACUGAAAAUGGCUGAAGGGAAGAAAAUAUCAUUUCUGUGGUCUCUAUGUUUCUUGCUAGAUUUUUCUUUCUCGGCAUACGUCUUUUUGAAAAUAAUUGAAUUAUUCACUCGUGCAUUAAAUGAAUAUAUAUGACGAGAAAUUUGGAUUGUGCAAAGUGAUUAUUUGUUUAGGAGUAUUGUAAUGAUUAUUUGUAGACAUUUUAGAUAAAGAAUAUUAUAUAUGUAUUACUUGCCAUAAAAUUCUAAAAAUGUAUAUGCAAAUACGAAUGCAAAUAAAAAUAGAAUUUAUUAAGUUAAGUAAUUAUACAGAUAAUUUCUAUAAUAGAAUUAAUAAAUAAGGCUACUGUUUACAAAUACUUAAUGUGAUUUAAAUUAAAUAUUUUGAUAGAUCAUAAAUUCAUAGUUUUUACACUACUAUUUAAAUUAAUAACUUAAAUUAUUCGUAAACUACUUGUUGCAUGAAAAAAUAUUUAUAUUCAAAUCCAAGAUUCGUAACCUGAGAAAAAAGAGAAAUAGAUAUUAAUUAUUACACUGUAUAUUGAUUUUUUAAAU